AUGUCCGCCUUCACUUCUCUCCGCCCCUCCCUGGGCCUCGCCCGCACCGCCGCCCAAGCAUCGCGCGGCUUCAGCUCCUCCGCCUCGCGCUCCGUCGCCCGCAUGAUCAUCACUGGCCGCCUGGCCGCCGAGCCAGAGCUGCAGGCUACCGCGUCCGGCCAGGACGUCCUCAGGUAUGCGGUCGGUACCUCGUACGGCUCCAAGGACAACCGCCAGACCAGCUGGUUCCGUGUAGCAAGCUUCCUGCCCGAGGGUGCGCAGAGGGAUUUCAUUAUGAGCUUGCCCAAAGGCACCCUUGUUUACCUUGAGGGUGACGCUAGCAUGCGCACGUACGAGGAUGCCGACGGCAAGAAGCACUCCGCCCUGAACAUUGUCCAGCGCUCCCUCGAGGUUCUCAGCCGCCCUCCGCCCACCGAAGAGCAGUAG